AUGCCCGCUUCAAUGUUGAGCGACGCCCCUGCUCACGGCACUAGGGGAGCUAUCAGCGGUACCCGGGCACAGAAGCAAAUCGCUCGCGAGCAGAAGGCGGCCGCGGCCGAGGAGCAGAUUAAGCGCGAAGCUGACACGGUCGUUGAGACUGCCCGAAAACAGCGCGAAAAAACCAUGGAACUCUACGACAAGAGGCUCCAUAAGAGGGCCAAAGCCAGCAAGAAGAAAGUGGCACACCGUGCGGAAUCAUUGACGCAAGAAGAUACCUUCUUUGUCCCGGAUGUCGAAAAUGUAGAAAAAGCCAUAAAGGCCGGAAAGCCCGAAACGGCCGAAUAUGCAGAAGAUUCUGAAGACUCUGAAGACUCCCAAGAGGAGGAAGAUUCCGACGAUGUCUAG